GGUGUUGUUCGCCCCGCAACACACCCGGACAUAGUUUGAUGACGGACCAAACCGCUUCCGGUGCAGUUGUCAACAGAGCAGCACGACGCGUGUUUCCGAACCGUUAAAAUGCCGAAGGUUCAGAAAGGGAAAGCGUCGGAGAAAGUCGUUCACCCGUUCAGCAGGAAAGCUGCUUACCUCGCCCGAGAAGACAUCAGACUAAGAAGGAAAGAAAGGCAGAAAAAUGACAAAGCCACGCGUCUGAGCAGCAUAGGAGAGAAGCUGCUGUGGUUUCAGGGACAGUUGGAUCCAGUAAAGACAACCUACACCAGAAAAGAUGCCUGUGACAUUAUCGAGAGGUACCUGCAGAGGUUUGACUCUGAACUGGAGCAGAUUGAGUUGAUGAACGGGAUCAAAGGUCGUCAGGGUCGUCUCCACGGGGCCAGAGAGGCUGUCAUCAAAACCACCAUUGAGCGGGAGCGAGCGCAGUAUGAGGGCAUUGGAUUUGAGAUCCCAGACAUUAUCAAUGCAAAGCAUCUGAAAACCUUCAGGGAGUGGACUGGCGAUCUGAAGAAACUUCCGAAUAUCAAACUGCGAAAGGUGUCUAACAAAGGUCUGGACACGAAGAAUGAAGGACAGGAGAAACGUGAGGCAGACGAAGACGAUGAUGAGGAUGACGACAAUGAUUUGGAUGAUGAGCAGGCGGACGAGACGGUUCUGAUGUCGGACUCAAACUGAGGCCCUUCAUAUUCGACCAUGUUUUAGUGCUAAAGCUUCAGUCGUCCAUUCAGGACAACUGAACAUCAGACGGCCUUCAACAGAGACAUUGUAGAAAAACUGUUUGCGUACCUGUGUGAGAAAAUUCUGCUACUUCAUUACUAUCCAGAAGAUGGCGCCACAACCUCAGAGACGGAAAGCAAAAUUUUUAUCAGUCUGACCUCCUUCUCAGUCUUCCUGAUGCUCAGUAACUUAACACCAGCCUGUGAGGGGUUCUACAUUCAUUGUUUAUUACACAAACAAAUAUGCAUUUUAUGUAACCUGAAUAAUCCAUUUUAUCCAAUCAGAGAUAGAAAAAAGGUUUUGACAAAGAUGUUGAGUGCUCUAAUGUUGUGGUCAAAAUAAGAUAGAUAGAAUAUUGUGUUUUCCAUGACUUGACGGUGACGCUGGUAAAAAAAAAAAAAAAAAAAAAACAAAUUAAACCUGUAGAAAAGUGGACAAGUAUAAACAGCAGUUGCCUUUAGCAGAUUGACCAGUCAGUCACUCACACUGUGUCAUUUCAAAUUGAGAAAAAUCUCAUGUAAAACAUGAACAAAUGGCAACCGUGAAAGCUCUAGUUACGCUAAUGUAUCAGUAACGGUCCUCGCAGAGCGGGACCACAUAAAGCUGCAAACUGUCAGAAGAAAAUAUCAGAAACAACUGGGCUACUUGAGAUUUGCUAUUUUAAGAAAUACUCAAAACUUUCCAAUGACAGUAAAUGACUUUUCAAAACAUCACAUUUUUAGAUAUCAGGCUGAGCUAAAGAUACAGUUUAAAUAUUUGUUUCUCUAUUUAUAAUAUCGAACUCUUUGGUGUCUGAAGACCUGAUUGUCCAAAGGGAUAGUAAAGGCCUCAGUGUGCUUCAAACGAAAAACCUUGUUAGAUUGUCUCACAGCAUCUAAAGUCACACAGCAAUAGUCCAGAUGUGUGGAGGUGUGUGCAGGCUUUGAACUUCUUUCGAGCUUUUUUUUUUUCUUCACUGACUGAGUGCAACGCUACGAAUGACUGUGAAGAGAGCUCUUGCAUGUCGCUGUUAGAUGAGCGUAGCCGCGUGGACAAACUGUGAACACUUUUUUUUCUUCAGACGUGGUCGUACAUACUACUUUUUGUAACCUUUCCGCGGCCUUUAAGACCUUGUAAAAGCUUCUAACAGUGUCAGAAUAUAUAUUAUAUUAUAAUAAAAUAUUUUGGGCAGG